AUGAAUCCUAAAGAAAAUAAAAGAGAUUUAUGGAAAGAAGUUGAUGGAAAUGAAUAUCAGGUACAUGUUACAAUUUCUACUAUUGGUUCAACUACCGAAUCAGCAGAAGAGAUAGAUGAUAGAAUAGUUUAUAUGGAAGAUUUAGAAAAAAGAAAACAAAUAUAUGGAAUAUGUGGGGAAUGUAAUGAACCUGGCACAGGAAAAAGAUGGUGUCAACCUUGUAAUGCUAAAAGAUUUAAGGAUAACUUUAAAAAUUGGACUAGUGGAAAUAAAGAUAUUGAUGAAUUUAUACAACAAUCACAACUUAAUGCUGUGUAUUUUAAAAAAUAUCUUGAAUGGAUACCUUUUGAAAAAUUUAAAGAUAUUACUUAUAUUACCAGAGGUGGAUUUGGUAAAAUUUAUUCAGCAAAAUGGCCUGAAGGAUAUAUUGAAUCUUGGGAUAUUAAAAAUCAAAAAUGGGAAAGAUGUAGCAUAAAAAUUAAAUCUCAUCUUCAGGUUUAUCUUCUUGAUGUUAUUCGAUGUUAUGGAAUAACUCAAGAUCCAAAUACCAAGGAUUAUAUGAUGAUUUUAACAUAUUGUAAAGAUGGAAAUUUGAGAAAUUACUAUCUCAAUAAUAAAUCAAGUUAUUAUUCAAAAAUUGAUAAAUUACGACAAAUUGCAAGAGGACUUCUAGAUAUUCAUAAUGCUGGAAAAGUUCAUAAAGAUUUUCAUUCAGGCAAUAUAUUACAUAAUGUUUCAUAUCCACUUAUAAGUGAUUUAGGAAUGUGCCAACCAGCAAAUAAUGAAAAGCAAUCAGUUAAACAAGAAGGAAUUUAUGGAGUAUUACCUUAUAUGGCACCAGAAGUUUUACGUGGAUAUCAAUAUACAAAGGCAUCUGAUAUUUAUUCAUUUGGAAUAAUGAUGAAUGAAUAUAUAUAUGAAGAAACUCCUUAUAAUAAUAUUCCUCAUAAUCAUGCUUUAUCUAUUAAAAUAUGUAAAGGACUUAGGCCAAAUAGUUUUAAAUAUACACCAAAAUUACUUGCAGAUUUGAUUACUAAAUGUUGGGAUGCUAAAGCAGAAAAUAGACCAACUGCUAAAGAAUUGUAUCAAAAAUUAAAUAAAUUAUUAAUUAUAGAUAAUGAUACUAAAUCUCAAGUAGAUGAAUAUAAUGAUAAAAUCAAAUUAAACAGAACAAGUGAAAAAAGAUCUAGCAACAUUCAAACACAUCCACAAGCAAUCUAUACUAGUAGACUUUUAAAUUUCAAAAAUCUUCCAGAACCAGUAAAUUCAGGUUCAGAAUGUUUUGAUUGUCAAUUAGACGAAUUAGAUCUUAACGAAAGUGAUCAAGAAGAAGAAAAUAAUAUUUAA